AUGAGUGUUGUUUCUCCCACAAUUAAAACGACGCCAACGUCAAGGCUUAUCACAGUUGCUGCCGGAUGUUUUUGGGGUGUUGAGCGGGUCUUUUUGAAGUAUUUUGCAAAUAAAGGUUUGGUCGACGCCAAAGUGGGCUAUGCCAACGGAUUGAAAGACAUUGGCGCUGUGGAUUACAAGAAAGUUUGCACGGGGUCGACCAACUUUGUUGAGGCGUUGCAAGUUUCAUAUGAACCUUCGCAAGUAUCCUUGAGCGAGAUCCUUGAUAUCUUUUUCCGGAUCCACGAUCCCACAACUUUCAAUCUGCAAGGUCCAGAUGUGGGCACACAGUACAGAAGCGCCAUUUUGGUUCACAAUAAGGAGGAUUUGGCCGAGGCACAAAAGUCCAAAGAGUAUUUCCAAAAAGAAUGGUACCCAAACGAUAAAAUUGCCACCACUAUUGAGCCCCUCGAAGUCUGGUACGAUGCAGAGGAUUACCACCAAAAGUAUUUGGACAGAAACCCUGGCGGUUACGAGUGUCCAACACACUUUUUGAGAACUAAGCCGAAGGUGUAG